GCUUGGCCCACUCUCUCUCCUUCUCAGGGUUUUACCUUCUCUCUCUUCCCGACUCCAAACCCUGCAUCUCCUCUCUCUCUCAUCCAAUUCCUAAUUGUCUCCCUCUCCCUCUCUCGUUCACCGUUGCUUAUAACAAACCCUAACAGCAAUGAAAGUCAAGGUCAUAUCGCGCUCAACAGACGAAUUCACUCGCGAACGGAGUAAUGAUCUCCAGAGAGUGUUUCGAAACUUCGACCCAAGCCUGCGAACGCAAGAGAAGGCGGUCGAAUAUGUUCGGGCUCUUAACGCAGCCAAAAUGGACAAGAUAUUUGCAAGGCCAUUUGUUGGAGCAAUGGAUGGGCAUAUAGACUCAGUUUCAUGUAUGGCUAAGAACCCGAAUCACUUGAAAGGGAUAUUUUCUGGUUCCAUGGACGGAGAUAUUCGCCUUUGGGACAUAGCAUCCAGGCGGACAAUUUGUCAGUUUCCUGGUCACCAAGGUGCUGUACGUGGUCUGACAGCGUCUACAGAUGGACGUAUUCUUGUAUCAUGUGGUACCGAUUGCACCGUCAGACUGUGGAAUGUUCCUCUUGCUACUGGUAUGGAGUCAGAUGACUUGUCUGAUAAUUCUGCUAAGCAAUUGGCUGCUUAUGUUUGGAAAAAUGCUUUCUGGGCCGUUGAUCACCAAUGUGAUGGUAAUCUGUUUGCCACGGCUGGAGCUCAAGUAGACAUAUGGGAUCACAACAGGUUUGAUCUGAACUUGUUUCGAUUUUUCCCUAGUUUCUUGAAUUAUAGAAACUUCACAUGCCAUUUUCUCCUCAAAAAUAGGUCUCAGCCAGUGAAUAGUUUUGAGUGGGGAAAAGACACAGUUAUAUCUGUUCGAUUUAAUCCUGGAGAACCAAAUGUCUUGGCAACAUCAGCUAGUGAUCGUAGCAUAGCGAUUUAUGAUUUGCGAAUGUCGUCCCCGACAACUAAGCUUAUUAUGAGGACCAAAACUAAUUCCAUAUCUUGGAAUCCAAUGGAGCCGAUGAAUUUAACAGCUGCAAAUGAGGAUUGCAAUUGCUAUAGCUAUGAUGCUAGAAAAUUAGAUGAAGCCAAGUGUGUACACAAGGAUCAUGUUUCUGCAGUGAUGGAUAUUGAUUACUCUCCAACUGGACGUGAAUUUGUGACUGGAUCUUAUGACAGAACGAUAAGAAUAUUUCAGUAUAAUGGUGGCCACAGCAGGGAAAUCUACCAUACUAAACGAAUGCAAAGGGUAUUUUGCGCCAAGUUCAGCUGCGAUGGGAGUUAUGUUAUCUCAGGGAGUGAUGAUACCAAUCUUCGGCUUUGGAAGGCCAAUGCAUCUGAACAAUUGGGCGUUCUUCUACCAAGGGAACGUAAAAAUCAUGAGUAUCGGGAGGCUGUCAAGAAUCGCUAUAAGCACCUUCCUGAAGUUAAGCGUAUUGUGAGGCACAGGCACUUGCCGAAGCCAAUAUUCAAGGCAUCUGCCCUUCGACGAAUUAUGAUUGAUGCUGAGAGAAAGAAAGAUGCGAGGAGGAUGGCUCAUAGUGCCCCGGGAAGCAUUCCAAGGGAGUCAAUACGGAAAAAGAGAAUCAUUAAAGAAGUUGAGUGAUGUGUUAUGUACAAAAGAAACAGAUGCAGUUAUAGCAUGUGUGUAAACAUAGUUCGGUUGAGUGCUUGGAAGAUAAGUUAUUUCCUUUCUCAGCUUGAAGGCGAUGCUUUGGUAGUUUCUGAAAAUUUCUCCCUCAACCAAUUCAUCGGAUUUGGACAGAAUGAAACUCUUCGUACGAGGACAGAACAUUGUGAGGAGGUAAGAAACCGUCUUAACAGUUUUGGCAGACACAGUUAAUCCAUCGACGUAGUCAAAUACUAGGCGUAUUUUCUACAUUUAAGAGUUAUCAACUUCUUGUAAUGUAUGGUUUUCUUGUCAUGUGGUUUAUUUUGGGAAGGAAUUUUGGGUGCUCUUUGUUUUGUUGAACCUUCAAGAUCUUUUGUUCUUCCAUAUGCUUGUUUUGGACCAAAUUGUGGUGUAUAUAAACCUUAGCGUCGUUCUUGCA